UUGGAUGGCGAGGGUUGUAACGGUGGUUGCAAUCGCGUGGUGGCGACCGUAGAGGCCCAACCGGAGGCCAAAUUCGUGUGCAACAGCGCGAACAACUCAAGGUGUGGCGCCCUCAUAGGGUACUCUCACACGAACGGCACCACCCUUGGCGACAUCCAAACCCUCUUCACCGUGAAGAAACUUGUGGACAUCCUAGGCGCCAACAACCUCCCGAGCAACACCACAAAGAGCCACGUGGUGGGGCCCAACGAGGUUGUGAAGGUGCCGUUCCCGUGCAGGUGCAGCAACGGGACUGGACUCUCGGACGGGGUUCCACUUUAUAAGAUAAAAAAGGGGGACACGCUGUACGACAUAGCGACGACGACGUUUGGGGGUUUGGUGAAGUAUCCGCAGAUCAAGGUGGCGAAUAAGUUACCGGACGAGAAUAACAUCACCGCCGGGGACACGCUUUAUAUUCCGCUGCCGUGUAGCUGCGAUGCGGUGGAUGGGAACAGAGUGGUGCACUAUGCGCACCUGGUGUUGACGGGGAGCACGGUGGAGGGAAUUGCUGAGCAAUUUGGCACCACUCAGCAGACACUCCUCACUCUGAAUGGCAUUUCCGACCCCAAAACGCUUCAGGCCGGUCAGAUUCUUGAUGUUCCUCUUCGAGCUUGUUCCUCGAGUGUGAAAAAUGAUUCCUUGGACUAUCCAUUGCUUGUUGCAAAUUCUUCUUACGCCUAUACUGCCAACGAAUGCGUCAAAUGCAGCUGUGAGUCCAGCAACAACUACAUAUUACAAUGCGAGCAAUCCCACCUCAAACCACCAAGCAACGUCUUCAUUGGCAACACCACUUCCUCUACUGAUCCCUGCAACCGCACAGUCUGUGCCUAUACUGGUUAUACAUUCAACAAUAUCUCAGCAGAACUUGUAACGCAGAACACUUGUGCAGUGCCAACGAGUCCUUCAGGAGGAUCUGGUGGUUCUGGUUCGGGAGCUCCCAGGAGCACUUUGCAAGGCUUGCUUUGGAGUAAUCUUUUCAUUCUUAUUCACUUUGUUCUCUUCCUUGUCUAUGUUUUGUAGUAAAAUGAAACACCCUACACUUCUGUUGCCAUUUUAUUUUUAUUUGAUUAAACCACCAUGUAAUUUUGUGAGCUUAGAUCGAUUGUUUUGUGUAGCGAGUGUUGCCACAGCCCAACCAUUUUAUGUUUUUUCUUUACAAUGUUUGUGGCUUAAAUAAAUUUGUUGGGAAUAAUAAGAGUGAUAUCUGAACUAUUUUGUUGUAAUUAAAAUAGUUCACAUGUCUUUUGUUGUA